AUGGCUUCUCCAAUCUCUCAAGGCAGUCUGGCUGGUAUGGUCGGCAUCGUUUCUGGAUCUUCUUCGGGGAUCGGCGCCGCCAUCGCCCGGGAGCUGUCCGAGCGAGGGGCCGAGGUCGUCAUCAACUAUCCAUUUGAGAGGGAAAAGGCAAAUGCAGAAGCCGUGUUGUCCAGCCUGGUCGGAUCUGGAGGGAUUAUUGUCGAGGGCGACCUCUCUACAGUAGAUGGACCAAAGAAAAUAGUCGACGAGGUCAUUAAACAUUAUGGUCAUUUAGAAAUAUUGGUCAAUAAUGCAGGUGUCAUCAACCAUGCCAACCUUUCUGAUGAGACGCUGGAAGGCUGGGAGUUCAUUGUCAACACGAACGCGAGAGGGCCAUUCCUGCUGACUCAAGCUGCACUCCCACAUCUCACUAAAGGGAGAGGCAGGAUUGUCAAUAUCGUCAGCACGUCAAAUCGGUUUCCUCCUGCUGGUCAGACACUCUAUUCUGGUAGCAAAGGUAUGGUCAACGCCUUCACUCGAGUGUGGGCUAAAGAGUUACCGCCAUUGUAUGGGUGUACAGUUAAUGCCGUCAGCCCCGGUGUUACAAUGACCCCAGGCUUGAAAAAUUGCCCUGAUGAGUUGAAGGGCUUUCUCGAAAAAGCCUAUGCUCAGACGCCAACGGGUCACAGGGCGGCAAACCCUAGUGAGAUCGCAUAUGCAGUUGUCAACUUUUGCGAGGAGAAAGCAAGAUGGAUCAAUGGGACGCAUAUCAUGGUAACGGGAGGUAACGAGAUAGAUUAG